AUGAUCAAGGCGAUCAUCCUCCUCAACAACCACUGGAAGCCACGGCUGUCCAAGUUCUACCAGCCUUACAGUGAAGAUGUGCAGCAGCAAAUCAUCAGGGAGACUUUCCAUUUGGAAUCUAAGAGAGAGGAAAAUGUUUGUAAUUUCCUAGAAGGAGGAUUAUUAACUGGAGGAUCUGACAACAAACUGAUGUAUAGAUAUUAUGCAACACUGUAUUUUGUCUUCUGUGUGGAUUCCUCAGAAAGUGAACUUGGCAUUUUAGAUCUAAUUCAAACUGGCUUAGCAGGAGCUCCAGCCCGUGCUGAAUCAGCUGUAAAGAAUAUGAAUCUUCCUGAGAUCCCAAGAAAUAUUAACAGUGGUGACAGCAGUAUAAAUGUACUAAGUCUGCCUUCUUUUAAAUAA